AUGGCGGGGCUCGGCCGGCGCGUGCCCGGGGCGGUGCUGCUGGGCCUGGCCGCGGUGCUGCUGAGCGCGCGCCUGGUCCCCGCGGCCGCCCGCGCCGAGCUCGGCCGCUCCGACCUGAGCCUCAUCCAGCAGCAGCGGCAGCGGCAGCGGCAGCGGGAGGAGGCCGCGCGGGACGGGCCGGGGCCCCCGGCGCCCUCGCCCACCGCGCCCGCCGCAGUGUCUGUCUUUAUGCUGAAAGUGCAGGUGAAUGACAUCAUCAGCCGUCAGUACCUGAGUCAGGCGGUCGUAGAAGUGUUUGUGAACUACACGAAAACAAACUCCGCAGUAACUACGGACAAUGGAGCAGUGUUGAUUAAAGUACCCUACAAAUUAGGGCUCAGCUUAACCAUUAUCGCUCACAAAGAUGGCUACGUGUUGACUCCCCUGCCUUGGAAGACUGGAAAAAUGCCAAUAUAUUCAUCAGUGACUCUUUCACUGUUCCCGCAAAGCCAAGCAAACAUAUGGCUGUUUGAAGACACCGUCUUAAUCACCGGAAAACUAGCGGAUGCCAAAUCUCAACCAAGUGUUCAGUUUUCAAAAGCCUUAAUUAAACUACCCAACAACCACCACAUUAACAACGUAACAGGCUAUCUCACAGUCCUACAACAGUUUUUGAAAGUGGACAAUUUCCUGUAUACAACUGGAAUUACCCUCAAUAAAUCAGGUUUUGAAAGCCUUGAAUUGACUCCUCUUGCUGCAGUAUGUGUGAAAAUAUAUUCCGGAGGAAAAGAAUUAAAGGUGGAUGGCUCUAUUCAAGUGUCCCUCCCGCUUCUACAUACAAAUGGCGUAAGUGCAGGGGAUCACGUACCUGCCUGGACGUUUGAUAUGGACAUAGGUGCUUGGGUGAAUCAUGGCCGGGGAACAGUCAAGGCAUAUAAUAAUCACUUAAUUUGGACGUACGAUGCACCACAUUUGGGUUAUUGGAUAGCAGCUCCACUUCCAGGAACUAGAGGUUCAGGUAUAAAUGGAGACUCAAGGGACAUAACUGCCUACCACACGGUGUUUCUCACAGCCAUAUUAGGAGGAACAAUCGUCAUUGUCAUUGGAUUCUUUGCUGUACUUCUUUGUUAUUGCAGGGAUAAGUGUGGUACUCCACAGAAAAGAGAAAGAAAUAUCACUAAACUCGAAGUACUCAAGAGAGACCAGACAACUUCAACAACACACAUAAAUCACAUCAGUUCGGUCAAAGUCGCGUUAAAAGCCGAGGACAAGUCACAGUUAUUUAAUGCCAAAAACUCCUCCUAUAGCCCUCAGAAAAAGGAACCAUUGAAGGCAGAAGCGGAAGAAAGAGUUUCCAUGGUAAAGACUCGGGACAAUUUUAAGAUCUACAAUGAGGAUGUUUCAUUUCUAUCCGCCAAUCCAAACAGUUACUCGAGGAGCCCAGCACAGUCUUUGGAGCCCAGCGUAGGGUCCAAACAGCCGAGACAUAUUAACAGCAAUCUGGCUUCAUCUCUAGGUGAGGCUCAGGAGGAAAAGCGGUAUCUCACAGGUAAGGAAGAGGGAUACGGACAUUCCCACAUCCCCGAACAGCUUAUGCAUAUCUACAGCCAACCCAUUGCCAUCCUUCAAACGUCGGACCUUUUCGCCACUCCUGAGCAGUUACCUACGGCCAAGUCAGCCACUUUGCCACGAAAGGGACAGCUGGUCUAUGGCCAGUUGAUGGAACCGGUCAGUAGGGAGAGUUUCACACAGACAUUACCCAAAAUGCCGGUGCAUUCUCAUGCACAGCCCCCGGACGCCAGGGAAGAAAAGAUCCCACUGGAAGGCCAGCAGAGCUUGCCAUCCCAGACUUCCGAUUGGAGCCGGUAUUCCAGCAGCUUACUCGAAUCUGUUUCUGUUCCCGGAACGCUGAACGAGGCUGUUGUGAUGACUCCCUUCUCAUCAGAGCUGCAGGGGAUCUCGGAGCAGACCCUCCUGGAGCUGUCCAGGGGAAAGCCGUCCCCGCAUCCCAGAGCGUGGUUUGUGUCUCUCGAUGGAAAACCGGUCGCACAAGUGAGACAUUCCUUUAUAGACCUGAAAAAGGGCAAGAGAGCCCAGAGCAACGACACGAGUUUGGACUCUGGGGUGGACAUGAAUGAGCACCACUCAAGCAGAAAGCUCGAGAGGGAGAAGACUUUCAUCAAGAGCAUGCAUCAGCCUAAGAUCCUUUACUUAGAAGAUUUAGACCUGAGCAGUAGUGAGAGUGGGACUACCGUGUGUUCCCCCGAGGACCCAGCGUUAAGGCACAUCCUCGAUGCAGGGAGUGGAGCCAUCCUGGAACACCCCGGGGAGGAGUCUCCGGGAAGGAGAGGCACCGUCGAAGACCUUGAGGCCAGUAUCUCCCCCACCAGAAGAAGGGGCAGACCAGCACUAGCCAAAAGAGACAGCAAGACUAAUAUCUGGAAGAGGCGGGAGGAACGCCCCCUGAUUCCCAUAAAUUAGCCAGUCGCGAGGGUGGCCGUGUCCCUGCCGCCUCGCUUGGUCUCGCUUCCUGCACGUUGCUGGGUGAGCCUCCGAGGACGUGGAGGCCGAGCCGUCCCGUGGGCCCUGGACACGUCUCAAGGGGAGUAAAUAGCAAACUGGCAGUUCACUGAUGACAGACGAAGAUACCAAGGGAUGCUUUUUCUGGCCUGUUCGUUUAUUUUUGCGGGGUGAAUUGGAAGGAUCCAGGAGUUCAAAAUGUAAAAUAGUUUCAAGACGUUAGUUCUCUGAAGAUGUUGCUCACGUAGCCAACGUAGCCCUCUCUUAAGAAUAACCGUGAAGUGUGUACUCCCAAGGUGGCCUCUGCCUCGAUGCUGCCCCCGCGGACCCUUCGGGACCGCAGCUGCGCUCCGGGCAGCGUCACCGUGAAACGCUGCCCCGUGUGCUCCUCUGCCUGCAGGUGGAAGUAACCACACGUGUUUUGAAUUGAUGUUGCCCUAGAAUGUAAAGGCCAACCACGAUUCCCUGCUUUGUGUGAACAGCAUGUGUGUCACCCCCCAAACGAAUCUUAACUCCUGCAAGAUGGGCAAGAAGCAACUCGGUUGUCAGAGAGGGAAACACCAGCUCUUUGGUUGUUUGGGAUAUGACUUCACAGGAUAAAUGAUAAGGGGUUAACUUGUUACUUAUAAGUCAUCCUGAAUUUUCUAUUUUUCCCUGCUUCUAUAGUGAAAUGAGCUUAGCCGUCAAGGAAAACUUUUAUCGAUCUGAAAAAAAAAAAAAAAAAAAAACAACAAUCAAACACCGUAUCUUGAAUUUAA